AUGUCUACAGGUCCGGCCAUUGGCAUUUAUUUAGACACUGAUGUCUAUGUUAUCAGACCAUUGGACGUGUUUCUGAAGUAUGAGAUGACUCUGGACUUUGAGAUAUACAGAGACCCUCCGGCGGUGUCUAACAUGAUUCAGAUCACCUACAGAAAUGCCAGGUUUUUGAGGCAUUGGAUCGAUGGGUACCGACAAUACAAACCCAAUGUAUGGUUUUAUAACGGCGGAGAAUUGCCAAACAUGUUUAUCAGCAAAACACCGCAAAUCAUACACAGACUUAAAGGUGAGUUUUGUCCCGAAAGUCAUCAAAUUUGUCACAAACUGUUCACUACUUAUGACGAGAGUUGGCGGACAGACUACUACGCCCUCCACACCUUUUUGCGAAACAAUCAUUUCUACCACAUCUGGUGUGUUGACAACAUCGACAUUCAGAUCUAUACCUUUGAUGAGAUCAUUGUGUCUAAAAUGAGCACAACAUUUGCUGAUAUGUGUCGAUUUGUAAAUUUCCCAUAA